AUGAAUGUUUUAAUAUAUUCAGGACCAGGCACCACAGCAGAAAGUGUGAAACAUUGUUUAGAUACAUUGAGAUUACAUUUAUCAUCAUAUUAUGCAGUUAUACCCAUUUCAGAAUUGGUUUUAUUAAAUGAACCAUGGAUGAGAAAAACUUCAAUGUUGGUUAUACCUGGUGGUGCUGAUUUGCCAUAUUGUCGUAUUUUAAAUGGGGAAGGUAAUAAAAAAAUAUCAAAGUUUGUAUCUAAUGGUGGUAAAUUUUUGGGUUUUUGUGCUGGUGGGUAUUAUGCUUCUUCAAGAUGCGAAUUUGAAGUAGGUACAUCAAUGGAAGUUAGUGGUUCAAGAGAAUUACAAUUUUUUCCUGGUAUUUCCAAAGGUUGUGCUUUCAAAGGAUUUGAAUAUGAAUCUCAAAAAGGUGCAAGAAUAUGUAAAUUAACUACAAAUACUGGUCAACAUGUAUAUAAUUAUUAUAAUGGUGGUGGGAUUUUUGCAAAUGCAAGUGAACAUGAUGUUGAAAUUUUAGCAACAUAUGAUGAAAUUACUGAUAUUGAAGAUGAAGAUAGAGCUGCUAUUAUUUAUAGAAAAUAUGGAAAAGGUGAUGUUAUAUUAUCAGGUACUCAUCCCGAAUAUCCAAUUAAAGAUGAUUAUGAAAGGAGGAUAUUUAUGAGAGAAUUAUUGAGGAAAUUAGGGUUGAAGGUCGAAGAAUCAGUGGAGAAAGGGAUACCUAAUAUCACACCAAUGUAUAUAAUGUCUAAUCAACCACUUAAUUUCAAUUUUGACAAUACUAUUAACGAACAUGAUACUUUAGUAUUCAAUUCACAAGAACACGGUCAACAAAUCUUAUUCCCUUCAUAUUAUCCUAAAAUCGUUUCUUUCAAUAUAGAAAAAUAUUUUAAUAAUUUAAAAUCAUCCACAAUUGGUCAGGUUUUUGGAUAUUCUGAAGUUAUAACAAGUACAAAUACAAUACUUGAAAAAAAUCCAACUUUCCUAAAAGAAUUGCCACAUGGUUUUACACUUACAGCAUCUACACAAAUAGCAGGAAAAGGAAGAGGAGGUAAUGUAUGGAUAAAUCCAAAAGGAGUAUUAGCUACUUCAAUUUUAUUCAAAAUUACCGAUUCUUCAAAAAUUGUCACAUUACAAUAUCUUUGUGGAUUAGCACUAAUUGAAGCUAUAUUAAAUUAUGGAGCUGAACCUGGAAAUGGAAUAGGUUAUGAACAAUUACCAAUUAAAUUAAAAUGGCCAAAUGAUAUAUAUAUAUUAAAACCUGAAUAUUUUAAUUCAUUUGAUGAAGUUGUUGAUUUUGUAAAUGGAGAAGAUGAAAAAUGGGUGAAAAUAUCUGGACAAUUAAUAAAUUCACAAUAUUUAAAUAACACUUUUUAUUUAAUUUGGGGUGCUGGUUUAAAUGUAUCAAAUGAAGCACCAACAACAUCAUUAAAUUUAGUAUUAAAAAAAUUAAAUCAAUUAAGAUUAAAAAAUGGAUUAGAUGAAUUACCAUCAUAUGAGAUUGAAAUACUACUUGCUAGAAUUGUAAAUACAGUAGAUAAAUUCUUUUCAGUGUUUAUUAAAUCUGGCUUAGAUCCAUUUUUACCAUUAUAUUAUAAAAGAUGGUUUCAUUCAAAUCAAAAAGUUUUUGUAGAUGGUAAAAAAUGUAUAAUUAAAGGAAUUACAUCAGAUUAUGGGUUAUUAAUAGCUGAAUCUGACGAUAAAACUUUAUAUUUACAACCUGACGGUAAUUCAUUUGAUAUCUUUAAAGGUUUAGUAUAUAAAAAGAAUUAAAUAUAUUUUUUUCUUCUUUAAUGAAAAUUACAAUAACGAACUAUAAAUCAUUUUCUACAUGGCAUUGGUCAAAUGUAACAGAAGAAUUAUGUGGUAUAUGUAGAGUAUCAUUUGAUAGUACUUGUCCUAAUUGUAAAUAUCCUGGUGAUGAUUGUUCAAUUGUUUUAGGUUUAAAUUGUACGCAUAAUUUUCAUUUACAUUGUAUAUUAAAAUGGUUAGAACAAGAUACGAGUAAGGGUUUGUGUCCAAUGUGUAGACAAAUUUUCACAUUCAAACAAGUAACAUCAAAUACUAAAGAAAUACAAGACUUAAGGAAUUUAAUUGAUGGUCAUAAAAUUAUACGAGAAAGACAACAAGAUGAUGAUGAAUUUGAUUAA